UCAGCAUCGAUUAUUUUCAUUCCUUCCAACAUCCCCACACGACACCGGGCUCGGUGGCCACAGCAGCAAUAUAUGUGUGUGUGAGAGAGAAUACAAAACAUCAACAACAUGACCAUUAGAAACGCUAUCCGGGAUCAUGGACAGAGAUACCGGCCACGGAUGGCCUGUCUCAAAAAGGCGGAAAGGGUGCUGCUGGAGAUGCAGGACCCCAGCACAGGAGUCAAAUCACAGCCUCAGAGACUGGUUAUCACAACCAUACCACAUGCUCUCUCUGGUGAAGACAUAAUUAUGUGGCUAGCAGACAAAUUUGAAAUAGACGCACAAGAGGCCAAGAGUUUUGGCACUAUGCUGGUGGCGUUAGGAUACAUCUACCCUUUACAAGACCACAAACGUUUAGUGAUCAAACCAGAUGCAUCCCUGUAUCGCUUUCAGACACCUUAUUUUUGGCCCACACAGCAGUGGCCUGUUGAGGACACAGAUUAUGCAAUCUACUUGGCGAAAAGAAACAUUCGUAAAAAAGGAAUCCUGGAGCUGCAUGAGCAGGAGCAAUACAACCACCUUCACAAGUGGAUGAAUCAUAAAUGGGAUUUCAUAGUGAUGCAAGCUAAAGAGCAGUACAGAGCUGCAAAAGAGAGGAAGAAACCAGACCGUGUGGUGUUUGACUGUCAGGAGAGAGCCUACUGGGUGGUUCACAGACCUCCGCCAGGGACAGUGAGCGCCAUGGACUAUGGGCUGGAACGACGAGCGGAUCCCAACGCAAACGAGACGAAAACUCCUGAUGACUACGAAAGAAUUAUGAUCUUCACCCAGCAGUCCAUCAUGAGGCCCAGAGUGAAGUCAUCUGUGUCCAUUGGCGCACUGGUGAAAUAUUGCGCCACUUACACAGGCCAUGACCCUUUUCUCUCCAAGUGUCUUCCAAGCAAUCCCUGGCUCACUGAUGACCCCACAUAUUGGACCCUGAACCUGGCCAAGGUGGAAAUACCCACUAAGAUGCGUGUGGAGAGGUGGACGUUCAGCUUUAGUGAGCUGCUCUCAGACCCUCGAGGACGAGAUGAUUUCAGACUCUUCCUCAAGAAAGAGUUCAGCGGUGAGAACUUGGCAUUCUGGGAAGGUUGCGAGGAUCUGAAGUGGGGCACUGCUGCAACAAUGAAGGAGAAAGCAGAGCAAAUCUACAAAACAUUCCUGGCCCGUGGCGCUCCACGAUGGAUCAACAUAGAUGGAAAAACAAUGGAAAUCACAGUGAAGGGGCUGAAACACCCACACAGAUAUGUUCUGGAUGCAGCCCAAACUCACAUCUACAUGCUCAUGAAGAAGGACUCAUACGGUCGGUAUCUGAAAUCUCCCGUGUUUAAGGAAACGCAGAAAAAGGCCAUCUGUCCUGAUGAGCACAGGUUCAAUGAAGCACAGUUGGAGCAGAAUGCCAGGAACAGACGGCCCAGUCUCAGCCCCAUCGUCAUCCGACAGCAGGAGCAGGAGCAAAAGGCCAAGAUGGCUGCCAAUGCCCCCGUCGACAUCACACAGGUUAUGAGCAAACUCAGCAAGCAGGGCAAAGAAAUUCCUCCUCGUCCUCCUAAUAAGUGAAUACAAACAUUGUGUCCAGUAACAGAAUUAGGUUUAUUUAUUUUUUUUUUUUUACUUACUUGUAGUUUAUUUCUUAAUGAUUCUACCAUGCCAUUUUAGGUAAACUUUAAAUUUGCUUUCUUCAGUAUCUUUUCAAAUAAAUCUUUUAGAAGCUGUUUUGGCCUAUAAAUGCUUUAAAAAAGUCAUUGAAAAUGGGACCGUGCAAUAGUGAAGCUAGUGUGUAAAUAUGAAAAAACAAAAGUACCUUAAAUAGAGAUAUAUGAAUAAAUAUGAAUUGUAACUAGAUAUUAACAUGCACCUCUUAAGUUACACAUGCAGUUAGGCAGAUUUGAGCCAAUAGAUUUUUGUUCUUCCUACAACAAAUGAAAAUGAUGCACAAAGAAAGUUUCUUUGUGCAAACAUCCAAGGGCUAAUGAAACAUGUAUGAGGCAAAGUUUGUGUUUAGUGUGAAUUCAUACUAAAUUAUGCUAUUAUCAUAUUGAUAAGGGACAACAGGCAGAGAAUCAACUGUCAUAAUUGGACAUACAGUGUGUUAUCACAUGCUAUCUUUAUGUCCAUGCAACUUUUGUCUUUAUUUCCCAUAAUACAUGUUAUACUUUCCAUCUUUGCUCAUUCUUUGUUCUGUAGAGCUGCUUUAUUUGUUUUUAUUUUUUUGUCAUCAGUCACAAGUUAAUAAAACAUCCACAAACCUACUCAUGUUUACCUGUUUGUGUUUAUUUUACUUCAUUAGUCUCUUUCCAUCAAAUCAUAUCUGGUUGUGAUGCUGCACAUUGGGACAUUUAUUUAUUUAUUUAUGUUCAUAAAUAUAUGUUAAACUUAACAGGAUGGAGGUCCCAAAUGCAGAAGAAAGCUAGGUAAAAUCCAUCAGCAAAGGAUAAUUUUGAAAGCAGAGGAGAAACUCAGGUGAUUGACUGUGUGCUACUAGAAAUGAUGAGUGAAAGCAGUUGUUGGCUGCAAUUUGGAAAAAUCCAUGAUUCUGGGUCUCAGUGAGUAAGAGUUAGCAGCCAUUAUUAUU